AUGAACCGGCCUGUGUUAAGUCGCUGGUGGGCGUGGCUCAACGCCAUUCAUGUUACCUGGCUGCUCUGUAGAGGUGAAGACAGCGUCCAGGUGGAAGAACAACAUGGAAACGCUGAGGUCAGCAGGCAAAGAGAUUCAUCCAACACACAAACGAACGCCAGUGUGCCAAAGGAUGUGGAUCGCCCUGUGCAUGCUGCCACCAACAAUCAAAACAAUGCAUCAUACGAUACUGGCCCUGUAGCAAGGGUGUCGCGUUGGAAAAGAUUCAAAAAGGGGGUGACUCGGAUUUUCUCGCUGAAGAGAAGACGGUCCAAGUACAGGGUAGAUACAGCUCCAGCACCACCGACACCUACAUUGCCACCAGUAUUGACACCACUGCCACGGGAAGAAUCUGAGGUGGUAACGUUCACAGACAUUGUACAGUUUACAUUGGAAGAAGAAGAAGACGGAAUUCGUUUAGAGGACCUAGAGACGGAGAUUUGUGAUCAUAAUGAGAUCCAUUUGGAAGACUUGACCAGUAGCAGCCCGGAGCGCGUCCUCAAAUUCUCACGUCCAUCUGGACUCACGUGCGGAGUGGGUCUCUAAAUCUACCGUGCUAAACUGACUUACAAAUUAUCUGCACGCAGACUUUGACUCAGUGUAAAUACAUAUGACAGGCGCUGCAGAUAUCAUAAACAUUGUUUGGAUAGUAUCAAAUGAAGUUUGAUACACCAUGUCAAUUUUUUAUUAUGUCGCAAGCACGCGGGUAUUUAGAAAUUAAGAACUGUUCUUAUUUUUUCAUAUACAUACU